AUUGUAAACUUGUAAAGCACGAGAGUUUUCGUUUGCGUCGUUUUCCUUAAGUUUCGUAAUACUUUGAUAAUUUUGAUUAUAAAUUGCUUACUUUUAUUAACCACUUACACGUUGCUGAGUAAGACUUUCGAAAUUGUCGUAUUUACGCUUUGGAAGAUGACAGUACCUCCAACCAUGAAUAAAAUAAACAAGAAAAUACCCGGAAUCUUACCACCACCGCCUAAGACAGAAAUUGACGGUAAAAUAACUGAUCUAUCCUCCAAAACCGUUGCUGAACUUCGAGAAUUGCGUGACAGGCAGUUGAAGCUGUUAAAUAAGAAGCCCUUUAUUAGUAAAUUGGCCGACAGGGGCGCCAAAAUGCAAGCCUUACAUGAUAGAAUUAUUAAAGAAUUAAAAGCAAAGGAAAAUGAAGAACAGGCUUGUCGCCUUCUAGAUAACCUAACCCUCAAUUCCGUGAACAAACAAACAGUGCAGGACCUGGAAUGGUGUGGAAAAUCUAAUAAGACUCAAACUUACCUAGAUUCAGAUGAUGACAGUGAGCCUGAAGAUGUUAUGCAAAUCCUAAGUCAAAGUACAGCUCACGAGAAAACAGUCAAAGUAUUACCACCAGAAAAACCUCUAGUAACACCAGAAGAUCUAGCCAAAAUAGAGGAACUCCCACAUAUAAAAUACUUAGUUGAGAUGACUGAAAGCAAUUUAAAGCCAAAAGCUACAGGAAACUUUAAGCCAUACCAAACGACAAAGUCUGAUGUCCAUAAUCCUGAAAAGGAAGUGCUUAGAAAAAAGCAUAAACACUGGGAAGUUACAGCGGCAACCCCACCGCCGAGUAUCCAUGGGCCGGCUAAAGUUUUAAGUUUAGAAGAGUCUCUAAAAUUACAGAAAUACUAUAAUUCACAUUUGAAGGAGGUGGAAGCGCAGCAUGCUGCUGAGAAACUGAUGGAGAGGACUGGCAUUAAAAUGCCAGCUUUGCCGAGAGAUGUGACAUCAUUUGGGCAGUACAGAGAUACUGGGGAUUCCGAUGAGUCUGACAUGGAGGGGAGUGACAAAGAAGUGGUUGAUGAGGAACCUGAUAGAGGGGGAGUUUUUUUUACGGUUUCAAAAGAUUAGUAAUUAUGAGGAAGUUAAAUUAGGACAAAACUCGCAAUAAAAAAAAAAAAAAAUCUGUUAUUGAUUAACGAAUGCAAUAUGUAUAAGUACAGAAGGAGAAGGUUUUGAAAUAUUAAAUACUUCAUAUUUAUUUUUGGAUGUCCUAAUGUAAGAUAUUUUUUAAGAUAUCAAUCAAUACAAUAAUGAGGGCUAACGCAUAUGAAUUCGCCGCUAGGGGCGCUAGUGUAGAUGGUGGUCUUUUCCAUAGUUCGAAAUGUCACUUGUCACUUCAAUGACUGACAGCUGUUCUUUAGUCUUUUGGACCACCAUCAACAGAGGCGCCAACUGGUGAGCAAAAGAAUGAUAGCCCUCAUUGUGGUAAGCCACUUAAAACAACAAAUUAUGUUGUAUCAUUAAAACCUGUUUAUAGAUUUAUAAAAGGUUAUUUUUGUACCUACCUCUAGUUUCUUUGCAUUAAAAAUAAGUUUAUUUAAGAUUAUAUGUGCCAUUUUCAAUUAAAAGGGUACUUAUUGUCGCUUGUCAGUAAGGCGCUAUUUCCAUAUAGCUUCAAUUAGAAAUCAACCUUAUCGACAACCGACAAUGUGGUAUCUUUUGGUUGAAAACGUCACAUAUUAUUAACUAAUACAAUUGGAAGAUCCCUGAAUUGAGAG